UUGUGUGUAACGUUUUGUGAUCACUGUCUCUACCCGCCUGCGUGUAGAGCCCCAGCGGCACCAACUGACCGCGACUAGUUGGCUGCUCAAGUGCACUGUUACAUAACGAUCGCGCAGAUACAUUCGAACUGCCGGUAACACAAAAUAAUCACCCACCAUGGAGGACGGCCAUAGCAAGACCGUCGAUGAAGUCCUAGGUUUCUUCCGCGUCAAUCCGGAGACGGGUCUCUCCUCCGACCAAGUGAAGGAAUACCAGAAGAAGUAUGGACCCAAUGAACUACCCGCUGAAGAAGGAAAGACACUCUGGCAAUUAGUGCUUGAACAGUUCGAUGAUCUUCUAGUUAAGAUUCUGCUGUUGGCCGCUAUCAUUUCAUUUGUACUAGCUCUAUUUGAGGAACAUGAAGGUGUUGAAGCUUUCGUUGAACCUUUCGUCAUUCUGCUGAUUCUGAUCGCUAACGCCGUCGUCGGUGUGUGGCAGGAACGCAAUGCCGAGUCUGCGAUUGAAGCUCUGAAGGAGUACGAGCCCGAGAUGGGCAAGGUUGUCCGUGGCGACAAGUCCGGUGUGCAGAAGAUCCGCGCCAAGGAGAUCGUCCCUGGUGAUGUGGUCGAGGUGUCGGUCGGUGACAAGAUCCCGGCUGAUAUCCGUCUGAUCAAGAUCUACUCCACCACCAUCCGUAUUGAUCAGUCCAUCCUGACUGGUGAGUCCGUGUCCGUGAUCAAGCACACCGAUGCCGUCCCGGACCCGCGUGCUGUCAACCAGGACAAGAAGAACAUUCUGUUCUCCGGUACCAACGUCGCCGCCGGUAAGGCUCGCGGUGUUGUCAUCGGCACCGGUCUGAACACUGCCAUCGGUAAGAUCCGUACCGAGAUGUCGGAGACGGAGGAAAUCAAGACCCCGCUGCAGCAGAAGUUGGAUGAGUUCGGUGAGCAGCUGUCGAAGGUUAUCUCGCUGAUUUGCGUCGCUGUCUGGGCCAUCAACAUUGGACACUUCAACGAUCCCGCCCACGGUGGCUCCUGGAUUAAGGGUGCCGUGUACUACUUCAAGAUUGCCGUAGCUCUGGCCGUCGCUGCCAUUCCGGAGGGUCUGCCCGCUGUCAUCACCACCUGUUUGGCUCUGGGUACGCGCCGUAUGGCCAAGAAGAACGCUAUUGUCCGCUCGCUGCCGUCCGUAGAGACCCUGGGUUGUACCUCGGUCAUCUGCUCGGAUAAGACCGGUACACUGACCACCAACCAGAUGUCCGUCUCGCGUAUGUUCAUCUUCGAUAAGGUGGAGGGCAGUGAAAGCAGCUUCACUGAGUUCGAAAUCUCGGGCUCGACCUACGAACCAAUCGGUGAGGUUACCCUCAACGGACAGCGCGUCAAGGCCGCUGACUACGAAACCCUGCACGAACUCGGUACGAUCUGUAUCAUGUGUAACGACUCCGCUAUUGAUUUCAACGAAGUGAAGAAGGUAUUCGAGAAGGUCGGUGAGGCCACCGAGACCGCUCUGAUCGUGCUGGCUGAGAAGCUGAACCCCUUCAACGUUGCCAAGCAGGGACUGGACCGCCGCUCGAGCGCCAUCUGCGUCCGCCAGGAAAUUGAAACCAAGUGGAAGAAGGAAUUCACCCUGGAGUUCUCGCGCGAUCGUAAAUCCAUGUCGACCUACUGUACCCCACUGAAGGCCUCGAAGCUGGGAACUGGACCGAAGCUGUUCUGUAAGGGCGCUCCGGAAGGUGUCCUGGAACGUUGCACGCACGCUCGCGUUGGAACGACCAAGGUUCCGCUGACCUCUGCCCUGAAGCAGCGCAUCCUGGACCUGACUCGCCAGUACGGUACUGGUCGCGAUACCCUCCGUUGCUUGGCCCUGGCCACCGCCGAUAGCCCAAUGAAGCCGGACGACAUGGACCUGAACGAUUCGACCAAGUUCUACACCUAUGAGGUAAACCUAACCUUCGUCGGUGUCGUCGGUAUGCUGGACCCCCCGCGUAAGGAAGUCCUGGACUCGAUCGCUCGCUGCCGCGCCGCCGGUAUCCGUGUCAUUGUCAUCACUGGUGACAACAAGGCCACCGCCGAAGCUAUCUGCCGUCGUAUUGGUGUGUUCGGAGAGGAUGAGGAUACCACCGGAAAGUCGUACUCUGGUCGCGAAUUCGAUGAUCUGUCCGUGUCGGAGCAGCGUGAAGCUUGCGCCCGUUCCCGUCUGUUCUCGCGUGUCGAGCCGGCCCACAAGUCGAAGAUUGUGGAGUUCCUGCAGAGCAUGAACGAAAUCUCCGCUAUGACUGGUGACGGUGUCAACGACGCCCCUGCCCUGAAGAAGGCCGAAAUCGGUAUUGCCAUGGGUUCCGGUACCGCUGUCGCCAAGUCGGCCGCUGAGAUGGUGCUGGCUGAUGAUAACUUCUCCUCCAUUGUCGCCGCUGUUGAGGAAGGUCGUGCCAUUUACAACAACAUGAAGCAGUUCAUCCGUUACCUGAUCUCGUCCAACAUUGGUGAGGUUGUGUCCAUUUUCUUGACUGCUGCUCUGGGUCUGCCAGAAGCUCUGAUCCCCGUCCAGCUACUGUGGGUCAACUUGGUCACUGACGGUCUGCCAGCUACUGCCCUCGGCUUCAACCCACCGGAUCUGGACAUCAUGACCAAGCCACCGCGCAAGGCUGAUGAAGGUUUGAUCUCUGGAUGGUUGUUCUUCCGUUACAUGGCUAUUGGUGGUUAUGUCGGUUGCGCUACUGUUGGUGGUGCUGCCUGGUGGUUCAUGUUCUCGUCGGAAGGCCCGCAGCUGUCGUACUGGCAGUUGACUCACCAUCUGUCCUGCCUGGGUGGUGGCGAAGAGUUCAAGGGUAUUGACUGCAAGAUCUUCAGCGAUCCUCACCCAAUGACCAUGGCUCUGUCCGUGCUGGUCACCAUUGAGAUGUUGAACGCCAUGAACAGCUUGUCUGAGAAUCAGUCCCUCGUCCAGAUGCCGCCAUGGUCUAACAUGUGGCUGAUUGCCUCCAUGUGUCUGUCGUUCGCUCUCCACUUCGUCAUCCUCUACGUUGACGUUCUUUCCACCGUUUUCCAAGUUACUCCACUGAACGGAGAUGAGUGGAUGACCGUCAUGAAGUUCUCGCUGCCGGUCGUGCUGCUGGAUGAAAUCCUGAAGUUCGUCGCCAGAAGGAUUUCGGACGGUGAGAGUUACAUAAGAAAUAUGCAUGGACUAGUGUUAGCGUGGGCAGUUUUCUUUGCUUACAUCAUAUGGGGUCCAUAAUGGCAGUGAGAUGAUAACAGAACAUCUGCGAUUGCUACCAUAACUUCUACCACUACUGCUACGCUAGCAAGCGUUUGCUACUAGGGACAAAAGGGAAGCAAGUAGACACGAUCACACGCAAUACAUGGUAAAGCAGUUCGGUGAAAGUGUCGCCGGCAGUCGGCCGUCACAGAGUACCCCGUCACACUUUCAUAAAGCACGCAUAUAUAAUAUAGAAGAAGCAAAUAUUACACCCACAUCUAACAUUCAUACACCCUCAAUCGGAAGUACGGAUAGAAGAGAAAAAAACACAAAAAGCUAGUAAUACACGGAUCCACUAUCCCUAAUUGCGUAGAUCGGUUUGCUCAUCAUACGAAGAAAACGUACGAAAAAUCCUCUUACAGUAAUUUUUAUCAUACAACUUCCUGCACCAAUGAUACUUUAGAGAAGCGAAAAGGUGAACAAUGAUGCACGCAAACAUUAUGCGGACCCUCAUUCGCAUGUUUGUGUGUGUGAGUGGAAGUGUAGUAAGGGAUAGAAAAUAGCGAAACAAAAGGUUAAACAAACAAUACGAGAGAGAUAAGACAAAAGAAUCAUUCAUCCUUUGAACGGCAUCGUCCCCGGGUGUAUUGAGACGGUGUGACGGGCAGCUCUCCCUGUCCCCCUAUUGUCAGUUUGAUGUUUAUCGCGAGUAAUCGAGAGUUUUCCCCAUCUGUUUUUAAUCGUUACUAUAAUCAUUACUUAGCAAACUACUUCUAUCUUUUUUUUAUAUGCUUGAUGCGCACCUUUUGCGUGCGGCGCUCGGGCAUAUAUAUAUAUUUGAACUAUUUAGCGAAUACCGUUUUGUGUAAAGUUUAGAUAAAAAAAGAAACGUUGACCGUGUAGAAUCGUGUGCACCCACAGAGCCGUGCGUAGAUUAUUUUUAAUGUGUGCCUGUGCUGCGUCGGAUAUCGUCCCCGGUGAUGGUACCGGCGAUUAACGCCAACAGUGGGCAUUUAGGUAUAAAUCGGUCGAGGCAAAACAUAAAGUCAGUGUAGGUUGAUGAACGCCUUGAUGAUGCGUGCGCCACAUAUGUGUUAGUGUUUUGCAUAUCGUGGAUGGAACCCGGAGCUAGUUUCAAAGCGAAAGAGGGUAGUAGUUGAGAUAUUGUUUGUGGUUGAUUCAUAGCUAGGGCCGUAUCUCCAUUCUAUUUCAUCUCUUCAAGAUUGUAAUCCCAUUAUAUGUGGAUUUCAUUCAUUCACCGAAUCCGUAUUUUUCGCCAGUGGAAGAAAGCUCAUUCGUUACAUCCCCGUACACUCCCACAUCUCUUUACAACAGCACACAAAAACAGUCAGCAAAAAGAAAGUUUACACACCAGCGCAGGAUGAUUUAUUUUACCAAACUUACCAAUCAAAGAGGAAAACAAAUUAGACAGGAUAAAAAUUGUAUAGAUUUAACAGCAUUCUUUUUAAAACAAUCUCAGCAGUAUGAUGGACCCCAUAUAAGAAAUGUCAACAAUUGCGUACUAUUUUGUGUGUGUAUGUAUAAGGCUUAUGGAUGAUGAUAGCGCAGUACCGACAUUUACGAUCGAGCCCACAUACUACAAAAGGGCGUGCAAGACGCCACCGUAUGUGAGCGCAUGCCUGUGUGCAUAACAGCAGGAAUGAGUGAGCAACAGCGCUGUUGAACAAUUAAUUACUAUCUACUUUUAAAGCUACCAUCCACCACUUCUACUUGUUAAAUUAUAACCCAACCCUCCCUGCUAGUUCCGGUUCUUCGUCCGGACCUUUGUUACUUUCUUUCUGAAUGGCAUGCCAUCCGGUCCGUGAUAUCUAUCUUCACAGAGGUUUUGCCUUACUACCACCACCUAUUGAACAUCCAACCUCUGCUCCUUUAAAACAUCCCAUAUCAAUCUUCCAAAGUUUUCUCGACAUAAUAACCCUAAUACGGCAUUAGUGUAAACAGUAAUUUUGUAAUCUAUUUUACGGCCCAAACAUGUUGUUUCACACCAUACAACGAAGAAUGGUGCGCUUAAGAAAGUGUUUUCUUUUUUCGUGUGUUUUUGUUUUCAUCUUUACUCGGUUUUAGCUCGGAGUGUCUGCGACAGCUAUGUUUACGUUACUUGUUUGAUUUCAUCCGUUUGGCUUUAGUUUGGUUUAAGCUUUAAGAACUUAAUCCCCAACUUCGCUGUUGGUGGGAAGCUUUAAAUACUUUGAAAACAUCAUCACUACACAGAAAGAAGAGGAGUUAUCGCAAAGUAGCGUAAUGCGUUGAGAAGAGACAUAGUUUUUCAUCAACUAACCACGCAGUAGCUUCCGUCAAUCCAUUCAAGCGAGAGCAUACACACCAGCCGCGGUUCAACACGGUUCUUCCUGCAUUCUGAAUCUAACCGAAAAAUGCCUCUAGUUUUAAAAAUGCCCGGCACGCCCGACAAGAAUGACACGCUUCUUCAGAGAUUUCCUCUAUCGCAAUACGCAUAUAUCUCUCUCUCACCCCCACACAAACACACCCUUUUCUAACCCAUUCGACCAUAGGUUUUUGUGCGUGAAUUACUUAACUUAUUUAAAAUCGGAACAUACGAAACACAAACGAAAGGGUUUGCUGUGUGGGUUUGUGUUUGGGAGUGUGUGAUCAAUCAGAAGGAAUGAUUACUACACGGUUUAGAAGGGAGAAAUCUUAUAUAAGUUUCAAUAAGUCUACAUCAAAGCUUUUCGUGGGGGGGGGGGGGCACGCCAAUGAAGCGAAUCUGUUUUGCGAGUUAUUAUGUUUAGAAAAGUGGAAACAGAAGAAAAAAACAAGAAUCAGACGAAGCCGAACGAUAAGAAGUAGUUUUACGAAGAAAAAGUGGAACAGAAAUCAAAGAAGAAAUCGAUUGUUUAUUGAUUAUCGAUGACAACACAGUGGCACCGGAGGAGAGACUUACUUGUGCAGUAGUGUCUGAUUUAAGUGCGAUGAUAAGAACUUAUCUGACUCUAUAUCCUUUAACGUUACCUUUCGCACAAACAGCGAAAGCUUUUCUUACAACGAUUCACAGCAUACUUAUUUAUGUUUUUUUCGUGUGAAAGGAAGAAUCGUUCCUAUUCCGUUCCUGUUUCGAGCGUUCUUAUGCCUCUUCUUGCGAUGGUGGUGGCUGUGCGCUUCCGGUGUGUGGGGAAUGAAAACAAUGAGACUAAGUAGUUGACGAUGAUGUGUGCCUAGAAUAGGAAUGAAAUGAUUGACGAUGUGAGGCGAGAGGGAGUAACAAGAAAAAGAAAAUACCAUUGAGAGAGCAUAGUUUUGCACCGUUAUUCCAUCCAGCGAAUGCUAAAACACACAGAAUUGCUUUAAAGAAAAUUGUUCGUAGAUAGGAUUUUCUCAUCUCCCCCCGUAUUCCCCCGUUCUAAUCCCUCCUCACCAGUGUAGGGUCACUUUUGGUAGAGGUCCUUGCGCGCACACGUCAAGUUGUACUGUGUGCAUCCUUUCGAGGGAAGCCAAAUCUUACAUCGUUACGCCUGAUUAGUGCUGCUUUUUUUGGGUUGAAAAAUUCUUGUUGAUUGUUCUUUAGUUUCAACACACAAAUUUGCAUGUCUAUUUUUAACCUCUUCGUCGUCGUCGAUUCGAAAAGACGACUAAUGUGCGCGUGAACGGUAGAAAAAGUUGGGGUCGAUUAUUGUCGAACUCUUUUGGAAAGUUUUUUCUUGUUUUAUUUAUAUAAGAAAUCAUAAAUAGAAACUUCUGCCAACAUUGUGGGCAACUGUGGCACAUUGAAAAGAAGGAUGAUUCAUAGCAUCCUUUUUUCACAAAAACUCGAUGCCACGCAAGCAUAAAUUGUGCUUGCGUGAGAUGAAUUGUUGUUUCCUCCACCCUUCCCACAAUAUAAAAGUAACACCCAGCAGUUGUUAGAAUCAUGCAAGAAGAUUAAAAUAAACCUGGAAUCAUAAACAUUAAACCGUAACGCGUAAAGAAAGAAAGCUGUAGGUUAGAAGGACGAAAACUCGGAAAGAAGUUAGAUUAAACAACCCCAGCAACCACUAAAAGGAGGAUAGCAAUCUAAGGGGAAAACUAGCAGUUAAAUUUUCCCCCGCCCAAAAAUCCUUGUUCAAAUCGGAACAUAAUGAGGAAAACAUAACUAACUAAAGGAGGGCGUGAGUGGGCGAGCUCUCUUUAUGAUAUGUCUUCUUUCAGUAACUAGUAUGAACCUCAAACAAGUCAAACUCUAGUUAAAAACGAUUGGUAUGAUUUCAAACAGCGAACUAAUUCGUUGAUUAAACAUCCCAAAAAAACCAGCAACGGUAAAGCAAAUAGAAAAAAAAGGAAAACGGAAGAGUAAAAAGGAAAUGUGGGAGUGAAAGUGAAAACAAUGGAAAAUGGGAUUUAAAAGCAAGAAGAAAAAAACACACCCAUGCAAUCUUAACAGCAAAACGGAGGGGGGACAAGGAACAAGUUAAACUCGUUGAAGUUGAUAAAGAAGCAACUACAGUAAGAAUAAAACAAAACAAAUAAACAAAACAAAAAAAAAACAUUUUAAACAUACCGAAAUCCAGAAUAUUGCGAUAUACACUAACACUACACUGCGAAGUGCGUUUGCGUUCUUCUGUCCUUAAUUCCAUUUAGGCUACUUACUACUAACCUCACCUAACUGCGUCGCGCGUUUGUGUGUGUGAAGUAAAUCAAGCUCGUACCUUGAAACUUUACACGCAGGUGCGCAUACCAUCAUCAAACCAGCAGCACGUCACUUAGAAGAUUUUGAGAAACAUCAUCACUGCUACCAACAAAUAUUUCCCACUAAAAAGUUUGUAUCCGCACGCGGUCUAAGCUGGUUAUCAAUUCCAGCCGAUGCAAAAACGAUCUUCUUGUCACCUCAAAAACAAAAAACCGGAUGCUGUCCUAUCGCUAUCCUUUCUCUAAUCGUGUGCAAGUGCGAGUGUGUUAUUCUUUUCAAAAGCUUUUUAGGCUAAGUGAGUUACUGGAAGCGAAAGUGAUCACAAACAACAACUACCGUUCGUCACCGUGUCUUCCGGGUAUGACGAAGUGUCUACGUACCAGAAGUCGAAAUAAUUCUGCAUGGUUUGUGUGCGUGUGUGAUUGUUACAAAAGCUACGAAUGUGAAGAGUGCCUGUUGUGUGAGCAUUGCAGCAUCUCAAUCAAACAAAAUGGAGGAUGGAUACACCACGCAUAUUACGCUAUUCCACUCUGUACACACCUGUACGCAGUUUGUUCAUCUAUCUUUUCAUCACUCACACCAACAAACCGUACCCGCAUGCACGUGAAAAUGGAACGACUCUUAUCAAGAUCGGUAGGAUAGAUAGUGUUGUUGGUGAUGUUUAGUCUCGCUAGUAUUGAGAUCGGUCACGAUCGAUCAACUGUGAAUAUGAGUAGACUGAUUUUGUAUUAGAUUCAAACUGUACAAAGUGUUGAUUUUACAUAACGAAAUUGGGCAGAUUGUUCUAAACCAACAUUUGCAAACAGAUGCUUUAUGCAUAGAAAUAGACCAAUAGAGUAGAUAGUGAUCUUUGUAGUGGAAUAGUACUACCGUUUGCCAGCGAAAGUGAAAAUCAAUGUGAUAGUGAUAAUUUCCGUUUCUCUUCUUCUCUGCCCUUCCUACAGUCAAUCCUGAUUUCCAUUAGAAAUUUUUCUAAAAAAAAAAACAAACACACCAAAAGCAAUCCUCCCCUCCCAAAAACAAAAACCCGAAACAAUAGCGAAAAUGGCGCGUGUGUGUAGUGUGUUGAACGCCACCAACCAUUGUGCCCACCAUCGACCGCAGCUCGGCCAUCUUCUUCAUCUACCUUUACACGCGCCUUCCAGAACUCCCAAAAACUUUGAAGCUUGAGCUUUUCUUUGCCGUUAAAAAAAACCAGGAAAAUGCCACAAACCCGCAGGACAGUCGUGGUUGUAUUUUGCUCCAGGUGUUUGUCCCAUGCUCUCCAGUUUGCCCUAAACACACACACACACACAAACUUAAACCAAAGGAAAUCAUCAGCCUUCCAACAAAGCUUCGACCCUCCUGUUCGAUGUUCUAACAUCUUCGAAACGAGAUCAAGUUAAGGAUGCUUGUUCGAGUGUAUGUGUGUGUGUGAGAGAGAGAGAGAGAAAGAGAGAGCAGAUAAAGCAACAACAAUCCGGAAACGAUGGAGAGGAAAAAUGCCGUGUCCUUCAUGCUAUUAUCCUUCCGUGCGAGACUUCCUACCGCUUUGCAUCAUCCCGAUCGUUUCCUCCCGGGUGGGGGAAAGGUGACAGAAAAGAAGCAGCAUUCAGCAGAAGUACUAACACACCGAGUAAAGGAUGAGUGGCGACUCCA